AUGCUAUCUUGUCAAGAAAGUGAUCAUGAAUAUUCAGAAAUAAUUGGAGUUUGUUUAAAUAAUGUUUGCCCUAAAUAAGGUUUAUGUUGUUUUGAUUGCAUGAAAAAAUUUCAUUCCAAUCAUUUAUUUGAUACAAUUAAAUUUAAGGAGCUUUAUAAUUGGAAAAAAUAAAAAUAAUUAUCUUUAGAUUCUUUUAAGGAUAAUAUUUUAUAAUUACAAUCUUUCAUAGUAAUGCUAUCAGAUUUCAUAAAAGAAACUGUUGUAAGUAGUGAUUUUGUUGAAAAUAUGAAUUAUACAAGUUUAACAAAAGAGAUAAAAAGAUUAUUAUUAAUAGAAUAAUCUGAAAAAUCUAUAAUGUCUAAAAUAGCUGAUUUAGUAUCCUAAAUCCCCAUUCUUAAGCAAAGCCUAAAAUAGUUGCUAUUUUCUAAAAGUAUUUAUAUUUAAUUAUUAAGGUUAAUCUUAGAUUCCUGGUGAUUAAACUCCGAAAGCUAAUGAAUGUAGACCUCAAUCUCAUCCUUUGAUUUCAUCAGGAUAAUAUUAAGAAAGGAAAAUAGUUCUUCGAGAAAUUUAGACUCCUAUUUCUAAUUAAACAGUUGGUUAAAACUAUACAUUAUCAAAAAUGUGUAAACAUAACGAUAUUGUUGUUGAUCUUGAUGGUAAAAUAGCAAAUAGCUCAUCAUUUUUCAAAGAAACAAGAUACAUAAUGUGUGAUCAAAUAAUAACUGGCAAUUCCAUAGCAGCAUUAACUAUUAAUUGCGGUGAAGGAGCUGAAGUUGGAGUUUGUCAUUAAAAUAUAAUAUUUUAAAAGGAUAAAAUCUAUGAAUAAAUCUUAGAUGGGUAUGUAUCGUUCAGAUUUAUUUAGUGCAUAUAUCUUAAAUAAUUAAGGUUUCGUUACUUAUUUUACUUAAAAAUCUAAGAAUAAUUAUUUUAAAUGUUUUGGAAUAAAAAAUAAUGACAUAAUAAAGGUUGAGGUUGAUUUGAAGAAUUAAAAAAUCAAAUGGACAAACAAUACAAUUAAUGAAGCUUUCGUAAAAUUUUAGAUUAAUUUAAUAGACAUUGAAUAUUGGUGGAAAUAUAAAAGAACUUUGUUUUAUAGUAGGAUUAACAAGUAGUGCUUUAGGAUAAUCUACGAUGAAAAUAAUUUAAGAAUUAUGA